UUAAGUUAUAUUGUUGAUUAUAUGUAUAUUAUUAUUUUCAGAAAAAUGUCUGGUAUUGCAUUAACUCGAUUAUCAGAAGAACGUAAAGGAUGGAGGAAAGAUCAUCCAUUUGGUUUUGUCGCUAAACCAGGCAAGAAUCCAGAUGGUUCUUUAAACCUUAUGGUAUGGGAAUGCUAUAUACCUGGAAGAAAGAGUACUCCUUGGGAGAAUGGAAUGUACUUCCUACGUAUGAUCUUCAAGGACGAUUAUCCAUCCAGUCCACCAAAAUGCAAAUUUGAACCUCCUUUAUUCCACCCUAAUGUUUACCCUUCCGGUACAGUGUGUUUAUCACUAUUGGAUGAAGAAAAAGAUUGGCGUCCAGCUAUUACUAUUAAGCAGAUAUUGUUGGGGAUACAAGAUCUAUUAAAUGAGCCCAACAUCAAAGAUCCUGCUCAAGCAGAAGCAUACACUAUUUAUUGGUAAUUAUUGUUUAAUAUAA